UGUGUGCUCCUCUGAGUGGAAAGUGUUUGUGAACAAGCGCCGAGCCCUGAGCCAGAGCAGUCAGCUCUAAUUACCAGGCGCUUUGAGCAGCCUCCGUCCCGACCGGACUCCGAGAGGCCUCUCCAACCCAGGCGCAGCCGGUGAAGGGGAACUCUCAUGGAUCUCUUGAACGUGGAGGCCGGAGAGGCAAGAAGACGCAUGGACUCACCUGCCUGCGUCUUGGAACUGCUGGGGCUGCUGGUCUACGUCGGGGCAUGGCUCUGCGCUCUGGGCAGCACUAUCCUGCCGCAGUGGCUGACCAAGUCCACCUCUCUGCUGCCCACCGAGAGCUACGACUUGGGACUGUGGGAGACCUGCGUGGUCCAGGACAUCGGCGGCAUGGAGUGCAGGUCUUACGACAGCCUGCUGGGGCUUUCCAGCGACCUCAAACUGGCCCGCAUCUCGAUGUGCACCGCCCUCGCCGUGGGGUUGCUGGGAAUCGUGGUCGCCGUACCCGGGCUCCACCUGAUCAACAGCUGCAAAAACUAUGAAGGCCACCGAACCAAGAGGACUCUGACCAUCACCGGAGGGGUGCUGGGGAUGAUGUCCGGGGUGCUCUGUCUGGUCCCCGUGUCCUACAUCGCUCACUUGGCGGUGAUGCAUUUCUAUGACGAGAAGGUUCCCGAGGUGGUGCCUCGGUGGGAGUUCGGAGACGCCUUGUUCUGCGGCUGGGCAGCAGGGUUCCUCCUCGUGGUGGCCGGGCUGAUUAUGGUGACCUCCACCUGGUGCUCCCAGGCGGAGCACCACCCUGCGCCACAGAGGAGGUGUCACGCCAAGAGAGACCGUGACCUCAGAAAACGCUCCGAGUACGUUUAACGAACGGAACGGCACGAUCACCUGUAGAGCUGCACUUCAAACUGCUUUGCACCAAUGAUGUCAAUGAUUUUUAUAUAUUAAAUACAAGAUAAUGUGUAAUAGCUGAUCCAGCCAAAAAACAAACAAACAAACAAAAAACAGGAUUUGAUUAGUAAUGUUUUAGCUCUUUUAAAAACUCACAUGCACAAUCAGACGUCGCAUUGCAAGAUGGCCUGCUGUGAUUAGUACAAGUGAAUAUUUUUUGUAAAGGGGGGUUUUAGUAUUAUGGGAUGGCUUUCAUUUAUCACUUUCAAGAUGAAAAAUAAACUAUUAAAGGCUUUUAUUAGGCUUUCUGUUAAUGUCUGUUAUUCUCAACCCUGAAGCUCAGAUCGUUUCUUAGAACCAAAUUUUUUUGUGAGUCCACUCUGGUUUUCUGGUGAGGUGCAUCGUCUGAUACGGAUCAGGUCUAUAGGUAAGCAUUCUGCUCUUGUAUAAAAUACUUGCAAAAAAAAAAUAAUGCUAAAUUUGCCUUUCUUACGUUUUGUGUCGUUACCUGGAGAUUUGAUUGUGUUUUUGAAACUUCUUUUUGCACGACUUUUGUUGUGCUAAUACAUUUCGGCUUGUUUAUUUUUUAUUUUCCUAUUGCUGAAUCAUGAACACUAACUUGACCCGGAUCUGUAGAUUUUGUUCUGGAUGACUUGUCUGUGAUUUCUGGACUAAUUUUGAUCGGUCAGCUGCUUCCGUUCCAGGUUUCCCCCCCCAUUUGUCACUGACUUUUUUAUUUAUUCUCAUUUGUCCUUGAACGUCUUUACACCACAACAUAAUGCGUUGCUUUUUGCGACCGUUUAGCUUGCUUCGCGUUUAUUUUCACACACUCUCUAAGUGAUUCCCUUCAUUACACGGAUCUGGUAGUUGUCAGACCUGGCUGUGUCAAACCUUGAGCAACAAGUCUAGCAAUCGGAGCUAAUUCGCGAUUUAAAAAGAAAACAAUUAUUAAAACAUAACAAGAUAAACCAUUUGGAAGCUGCAUUUUGUGUUUCAGUCGGGUUUCCUUUGUCUGCAAUUGAAAUUAGGUUGAUGAUCUGAAGUAGAUAGUUGUGGUUAACAAAAACACACAGCAAAAACAGAACAAAUUGUUCCAAAAAAAAAGGUAAAUACAAAACAAAGGAACCACCAAAGGGUUAAUUUUGUGCUGGUAAAAUGCUGAAAGACCCAAGCCUGUGUGCAGCAGUGUCCUGGUUUGUGGUCUGUUAUGUCAGAAGUUUAGGCACCGGCCAGACCACAGCCACCCUCAGACGACCGGUCCGGUCAGGAGUGGGGGGCAGAAGGGACUAAAACCAGCCGUCAGGUGUGUCUGCGGCGGUGGAAACACAGCUUGAGGCUAAUUCCAUCAGAUUUCCUGGUCACUCACAGAGCUAAGCUGUGUUUAAUGAAUACUUUAAUGGUCGAAGAAUGUAGCACACGUUGACAUAAUUACACAAAUUUGCCAGGGGUCAGAGUGUGUCACCGCUCACCGCGGUCCCGAGCCGCGGCCCGCAUGGCCCCGCGAGCACGCAGGUACAGCGGUGCAUAGCGCGUCAUACGCUGCGGAAAACCUUUUCCUGUAUGUCAGCUGUGCUUUCUGAGGAGCGAGCUCUUCCAGAAUGACGUUAAUAAGAGAUAAUGAUGUUGUCACACGAGCACGUCUCCCGAGGGGCCCCCGAAACGGGACUGGCUCUACUCCUGACCCGCCGACGGUAGUUCUGUUGAGACUCCCUGAGCCGGAGGCGCUUGGAGCAGAAAGAGAGAAUGUCUGCACUUCAAAAAAAUCACGCAAUCUGACGAAGUGUUUUUGGUCUAGUUUCAAGUUCAAAAUAUCCUAGCAUACUUUUAGUCAAUAAUUUCUGAACUUCGGUGAAAAAGUACAAGCUGUAAGUGAAAUAAUCAAAAAUACUUGAAAAGAUUUUAUGUGUUUGCACUGCGAUGUGCCUUAUUUGUGUAUUUCUGCGGGUUACCAACAGUACAGUCGAAAGAUAUUAUUUUCAUUUCAGUUUUUACCAUAACAUUUUUUCCAAUUUAUUAUCUUUUCAUUUAUUUAUAUAUCACUGACAAGCAAGAGUUAGAAGAAAAAUAAAAGAUUCCGCCAGUUGUAAAAAUUUAGCACAAACGCAUUCCAAACAGGAAGAUUAUUCUUGGUUCCAAGUCUAGUUUGGCUACUUUGAAGGACACGCUUUUGGUUCCGUCUGUUCCUUUACCAACACAAAAACGCGCCCUCCCAAGUUUCUCUCAGACGGAAAAGAAGAGGAGCCGUCAAGAGGGAGUGAUUAGCCAAUCAGGAGUGGAUUUAGAUGUCACGACUUGAAUUUACAA